GAAAUAGCGUGUUAUCUAUUAUACAACCCAGGAGGAGCGUUCUGAUCUCUGCCCUGUGACUUCCCGCUCCUCCUCUUUCUAUAAAUACAAGGGCAGAGCAGAGAUCCAGGGAAGUUGGAGAGAGCCCCAGAGUCCUCAGGCUGGUCCACCGUCUGUACACCAGGAAGAUGAAGACCUCCAUAGCUGCCCUGCCCUUCCUCAUCCUCGCUGCCCAGGCUGCACUUGGUGAGUUCAGUGAGCCUUCUCCCAGGUGGGCAGUAGAAGACAUGAUGUCAAACCUGAAGUUUGAACUCUCAAGUCUGGAACAGAAUCACCACUCACUGUCUCAAGGAGGUUUUCACCGGCCCACGGACUGCUGCAUGUCUUACACCCCACGAAACAUCCGAUGUGUAUUCAUGGAAAAUUAUAUAGAGACGAGCAGUGCGUGCUCCCGGCCAGCUGUCAUCUUCAUGACCAAGAAGGGGCAGCGUGUCUGUGCUGAUCCUAACAAUGAGGGAGUUCAGAAAUGCAAGUCGGAGCUGAGGCUGGGGUCAGCCGUCGAGGACCUGAGAUCGCUAUUGCUUGAGCGGGGGCGCCUGGACCGGGCCCCCUCUACUCCGUCUCUCUUGCCUCACCAUCCUCAUUGGAGGGCCGUGGCCUGAAUUACUGUUUUAAAAAGCAGCAGUUACUGUUCUGUUCUAAUUACAAACACAACGCAUUCAUCAAGAGUAUCCAAUUUGACUUCACUCAAACUUUUAGAGGGAAAAGAUUGUGUAGGAAUUGCUGAACUUUGGAUUCGUGUGGCUUUUUUGGGGGUGGGGAGGGUCUGAACAAGAUAUCAUAGUGUAAACUUUUUUAAGCUAAAAACAUGGCAUUCAAAUACAGACUUAGUAUGUGUAUUUAACCCAUUAAUCACUAAACCGAUUCAAAGAUCAUCUGAGGAACAGAAGUUUAUAUAGUUAUUGGAGAUGGCAUUCUGAAAUGUUUGUUAGAGAAAAACAAAUUCAAAUCCUAGAGGGCAAUAAAUCUGUAACUUUGGGGACUAUCUUUUCUACUAGACAGCAAUCCUUUGGAUCUGUGCUUAACAAUAAAAUUACAAAUCAGUCUCA